CUGCACAGCUCGCAGUUUGCCAGAACGCACAGCACAGGCGCGCCAGUCCAGUUCUGACAAGAGCGGGUUGCUGACAGUCACGUCUUUUUGUUUGGAUCUAAAAAUAUUGUUGAAUAAGAAGAACUGACAUUGGUUUUAUUCAGAAACACACUUCUAAAUCGCGUUCCGGAAAUUAAAUUGCGAGAGGAGAUUAGUCGCCUGGUUGCAUCCGCGGAGAGGUUGAGGUUGACAUUUCUGAAGAGUGAAACAUAAGGUGUUUGAAAGGCUGUUUAUCCUUUCCAUCCAUUGCAUCAUUCCUUUCUACGUUUGAUCCUGUGUCAUGUGAGGCCUUCAUCUCCAAAUUUUGUGAGGAUUCAGAUGGGCUGGGCUGGGGCUCCCUGACCUGGCUUACUGACAUGAAUCUUCUGACCCACUGAGUGUGUCCUGAUCGAGGGAAUCUGCUCUGUAAUCCUCCAUGAUGAUGCACAAGCAGCCAGCCAUUACGUCACCCGGAAGUGUUUGCUCUCUCCGGGGACCUCAUAUGCCAGGGUCACCAGCGGUUACCAUUGUGGCUAAGAUGGACGAUCAGGUCAUCGGGUAUAAGGACCUGGCCGCCAUUCCUAAAGACAAGGCUAUACUGGACAUCGAGCGGCCGGACCUUAUGAUGUACGAGCCUCACUUCAGCUACACGCCUUCGGAGCUCUCGGAGUGCAGAGAGAGGUCCAUGUCACCUCGCUCCAUCUCCCCACCACCAUCUCCUGAGACUCUGCCCAAAGACCCCAGGGACUGGCUGGAGCAGAGUACCUCUGGAGGCUCAUCCCCGGCCUCCACCACGCAGACCAGCAAGACCAGCAGGAGCUCCACCUCCUCCACCACCAAGACCCCCCAACAGCAGCACUUUCACAGGCCAGGUGACAGUCAAUCGCAUGCAGAGAACGGCACCAAUAUAUACAAGAAGCCACCCAUUUACAAGCAAGACAUAUCAGCUCAUGUCCCACAAAGCAAGCACAUUGAGGAUCUGAUCAUUGAGUCCUCCAAGUUCCCAGCAGCUCAGCCCCCAGAUCCCAACCUGCCCUCGAAGAUAGAGACAGACUACUGGCCCUGCCCGCCCUCGCUGGCUGUUAUGGAGACGGAGUGGCAGAAGAAGAAGUCACAGCGGAAGGCCGAAGAGGGGAACGAGGAGGACGAGGAGUAUGACGACGGGGAUCUAUCCGACGACUUGUGGAGUGUGAGGCUGAUGCAAAAACAGGAACUCAAUAAGAUCCAGUCAAACUUGGGUAAGUUGAUCCUGAAGGAGGAGAUUGAGGGAGGUGCUCCUGUACGCCGGAAAACCCGCUCUCUGCCUGAUCGAACCCCAGUGCAACUAGGGUCCAAAUCCACCUCUUUCCCAUCACACGACAGAACCAGUGGCCUGGCACGGCUGCAGUCUGCCGAGUUCUCCUCUUCCCCCAAUGCUGAUAAAAAUGGACAAGCUUUUCAGAAUGGAGUCGCCUCCCGGGGGAGAAUGGACAGAGGGAACUCACUGCCCAGUAUGCUGGAACAGAAGAUUUAUCCCUAUGAAAUGCUCAUGGUGACCCAGAAGGGUAGAAACAAGCUUCCACCCGGAGUGGACCGCACAAGACUGGAGAGACACCUGGCACCAGAGGAAUUCCUGAGACUCUUUGGAAUGUCCAUCGAGGAAUUUGAUCGGCUGUCCAUGUGGAAGCGGAACGAGCUCAAGAAGCGAGCGUGCCUCUUCUAGCACAGGGGUGGGGGAGGGACGGAAAACAUUCCCACCUUUUUUUUUUCCUCUCCUGAAAAAUCAAGAGGAGCCAGAGCACUUCCUGUUUGGAAAAACCCAACAGAACCGAACUCACCCAAUCAGACACUGAAUGCCACGAGGAGCUGACCAAUCAUCACUCAGUCCAACUGGCACUUGUCAAAAAAAAGAGUUCAGAAUCCCUUUACAAUUCUAAAUAACAGACCACAGCUAUCAGAUUCAGUAAUAACAAAACACCAAAUCAGUUUGACCUAUGCCUCAAUAUUCUGUCUCUCCUCUGUCUCUCCUAGUUGUAAUCAACAUGCUAGGAUCCUGUUGAGAUGACAAAGGCUUGAGCAUUGCCAGGGGGAAAGGCAAGCUAGCAACAGGUGUGUGGGAUGAUAGAGAAGCAACGCUAAUAUAUAAUAGUCACUGCUCAGGCUAGGUCUGGGCUGGACAGGCCUGAAACUGGUCUUGAGAACCCACACAGACACUCAGGCCCAGAACUAACCCAAUACAAGCCUCACUGUUCAAGAGCACUGCCACUAGGUUAAGCCACGACAGAAAAACACAAUGGCGACUUGUUUGUGACUUGAUCAUUAGACCAGGCCGCUCUCACCGGGCUGUGGCGAUGCCACUGCAGACAAGUAGAGGUGUUAGAGGGAGUGGUUUCACCUGGGGUUCACCUCUUUGUUAUGUUUGAGUUAUUUAACAUUUAACCACACACUCACACAUGCUUUAAUGAAUGCUCUUUCUCUCCCUCUUUCUCUCUCUCUCUCUCUCACACACACACACACACACACACACACGCCACGCACACACACACACACACACACACACACACACACACACACACACACACACACACAUGCAUAAACACUCAAUUAUUCCCAAAAUCUUUUGUAUAUUUUCACUGAUGCAAACACAUCCCUUUUUGAGCACAUAGUAACUGGUGCUGUAUUGAACUGGAGCGCUACUCUACACGGGAGUCACUUGGCACAGUUACUUACUUGUAUGGUGGGCUACUCUUGAGACACAUACAGAAAACAAUCUAAAGCAGCAUCUCUCUGAUUAACUUAUUCCUACUGGCAGUAUAUCACCAUCCUCCUUCCUCCCUGUUUUUUCUCUUCCUUUUAUCCCAUUUUGCUGCUAAUGCGUCGACAAGCACCUUGUACCAUGUGGUAACAUCCUGCCCCUUGCUAUUGUUUAGAACUGCAGUAUUCCUGUUAUGUAGGAUAAUGAUAGUUUAGGAUACAAAGGGAUUUUUUUUCUCACAAAUUUACAGAUUUAUCUCCUACUCCCUUUAGAUAUCUUCUCCCUGAUGGUUUGAUCUUGCAGCCCUGAUCACUGCCCUCUCUGUAUAUAACAUAGUUUAUAAAAAUCCUCCUCCAGUGGAAUGCAGAUUGAUAUUUUUUCCUCUUCGUUUUCUUGUCCUUCGAGUAUUUUAUCUACUUUAAUUCAGUUUCUUUUGAAAUAUUACAGCUUGUGUUUCUCUGCCGUGACUAAAUGAUGUACAGCUAUUGUUUUUACUUUCCAGAGAGACUCAAUCUUAUCUACCUAGGCUGUGGCAUGAAUUUCAAAGAAAUAGUGAACAGAAAUAAGUUAAUAAUAAUGAAAAAACUCAAAAAGAACAUAUCUAGGUAUGAAUGUAGAUUAAUAUUCGUUUUCCAUGUAUACUGAAAGUAUCACUGCAAAAAACGAGAGGGCUAACUUUGCCUUAUGUAAAGAACGAAGUCCCACAGACACGGACUGUAACCUACGGGCUUAGGUGAAUUAGUUCCACCCUAUGACACCUGAGCCAAUCCGGAACUUGACCUGUUAGACCCAGCAGCCAGCAGUGAAAUAUGGAACCCGAGAUUAGUUCUGAUUCAUGGCUUGGGCUUCGGUCAAGUUUAGACUCCGAUGUUUACCUGCAUUUGGCUGAAACUGCCUCUUGUAAGUAAACUGGUGACAUGCAAGCCUGCCCCUCUGGCUUGGGACCAUAGCAAUCCGGUCUGAAUGGGUGUGAAUGGAAAUGAGAAAUGACCCUGAAGCCACAUUCAUAUGCGCAGGAGCUUCGAAGAUGGGAGCCAAGCAGUAGGGCAGACUUGCAUGUUCCUCCUUUGUCUAAGGCCCAUGAGAAUGAAUUUCAGGAGCUUCACCCUUCACAGGCUUCCAUCAAACCCUCACUGUCACAAGUCUUCUUGCCAUGUUUAAAUGCUCACUCACAAUUACAUAACCACAGGUCGAUCACCAUAUUGUCCUCUGUGCCUGCCGCGUCAUUCCUCGCCGAGAUGGCUUGGAUCUUCUUAGCCAUUUAGAGCUAUAUGGCUACUGUAGCGGGGGACUGCCACUAGGCCAAAAGAUACCACGACUGCCCAGGGUCAGAUGUGAUCGGAUGGUGAGCCCCACCCCAUUGAUUCAGCUCCUGUCUGGUGUAGAGGAGCUGUGUUUGUGCAUCAUGCUAUUUCACACUGUGUCACCUCGUUACUCCAUGUGCUUUUAUGGGCACCCAACUUGUGCCAGGAGACAUAUCUGCUGCAUUCAUAGACAUAAAUACAACUGUACUGUCGCACAGGAUCAUUUUAAGUUGUUCUUUUUUAUGUGAAGGUGUGUUGGUAAGAAUCGAAAUAAAGGAUGUUGAAUACAACUGA